CGCUGUGCGGGAAAGAUCACUGUGAAAAUUCGUUGCGAUACCGGACUACGAAUAUUAAGUUUUGACGAUGAAAAAUUUUCGAAUUAUUGCACCAAAUUUCAUCAUAUUGCUGAUAUUUCUCCACUGUCGAGCUGUGAGCACCAGAACCACAUCAACAAAUCAUCCGCCUAGUUUUACACCUACAACCGGUAGACCCACUUCAACAAAUCCGCGCGAUUUCACAUCAACACCUAGAUGGAAAACUACAACUACGCCGGGUUUCGCAACAACACCUAGAUGGAAAACUACAACUACGCCUGGUUUUACAUCUACAACUGAAGGAACCACUUCGACCACUCCAUUUGAGUUUACAUCCACCACUACUGGAGAAAUAACUUCAACAACUACACCUGAUUUUACAUCGACAACUGAAGAAACCACUUCUACAACUCCGUUUGAUACUACAUCGACUAUUGAAGGAACCACUUCUACAACUCCAUUUGAUACUACAUCGACUACUGAAGGAACAACUUCAACAACUCCAUUUGAUACUACAUCUACGACUGAAGGAACUACUUUUACAACUCCAUCAUCUACGACUGAAGGAACUACUUUUACAACUCCAUUUGAUACUACAUCUACGACUGAAGGAACUACUUCUACAACUCCAUUUGAUACUACAUCGACUACUGAAGGAACCACUUCUACAACUCCAUUUGAUACUACAUCGGCUACUGAAGGAACAACUUCAACAACUCCAUUUGAAACUACAUCUACGACUGAAGGAACUACUUCUACAACUCCAUUUGAUACUACAUCGACUACUGAAGGAACAACUUCAACAACUCCAUUUGAUACAACAUCUACGACUGAAGGAACCACUUCUACAACUCCAUUUGAUACUACAUCGACUACUGAAGGAACCACUUCUACAACUCCAUUUGAUACUACAUCGACUACUGAAGGAACAACUUCAACAACUCCAUUUGACACUACAUCUACGACUGAAGGAACUACUUCUACAACUCCAUUUGAUACUACAUCGACUACUGAAGGAACAACUUCAACAACUCCAUUUGAUACUACAUCUACGACUGAAGGAACAACUUCAUCAGCUACGCCUGGUACGACAUCAACAACCGUCAGCCCAUCGUCCUCGAGCACCUUCCCAACGUUAUUCCCAUCUUUCCCACCUCAGACGACGAUUGGCAGUUUACCAAGAACAACAGGUCCAUUCACCUUAUUUCCAACCGGCUUUGUACGAACCACUACGGUUUCAACAUCGUCGCGUCCGUCUCUGGUGUUACAGUCUGUCAGUCUUAAUAAUAUUGGCUACUCAAAGUUUCCACACGCACAAAAAAAUGAAAAUCCUCUAGGUGAGAACUUCUGGUCCUCAUUGGGUAUGCAAUUGUCCAAUCGUUCCCAUCAUUUGUGAUUUGUCUCAUAACUAGUAGACUUCAAUAAAAGUGAUUCAAUGAAAGUGAUCGAAAUAAUAUUAACAUUUAAUUAUAGAGCAUGUUUACAAUUAUCACUAGCUAUCAGAACAAUGGUGUUUUGUUUUCAAAUGGAUUGUACAAUCAAUCUCAAAAUUUAAUGAGGAAUUGCGAUAAAAACAGUCAAAAAUAAAUCUCCUGCUGAGAAAAUAAGAAGGUACUUCUCAUUCAAAAAAUACUUCCAACAGUAAUGCAAUUAUCAACAACCAUGAUCGGCAUUAUCCCGAAUAAAACUCAUCUCUGCAUCUUU